AUUUGAAUGACAACAACACAGUCCACUGGGCAGUUGCUCCGUGGAGGAAAGAAAGAGACGCUACACUGGUAGAGUCCCAACAAAUCUCGAUUUUCAUGUAGUUGCUUAUUUCAUUUCAAUUAGAAUAAUUCAUCAGAGAUGUGGCAUUGUCAUUUGUGGUCUUCAGGAUAAUUUCAAUGUUUACCGUGUAAUGCAUUUCGUUCAGGAUGUCUAGGUCUAUUUCCUGUUACUUUUAACAUGUUGGGAAAAGGUGCACGCUGUACUGUUUGAUGUCAAGGUGUUGAAAGUUAGACUGCUAAAUGAGUGAUCACGUUUGUACCAGAGCAAAUCAAAAACGCAUUAUUUCUACAGUGUUGCUAUUUGUCAACGUAGAACAUGGUUCUGGUUCUUUUGGUUACAGCUGUGUUGACUUUGCCCUUAACUGCGAAUCAGGGAUUAUAUAACAGCAUCUUCACCGAGCUGGAUGGUAUAACAUAUCAGGCACAAAUUCCUAGUCUUUUGUCGGCAACCAGCGACCCUGUUCUUGCUGUUAUGAGUGUAUACGAUGCACCGAACGACGAGGAAACACUGGUCGUAAUCGGCCUUGAUUCCGAUGAACCGAUUCGAUUCGGCAGUGCAGUAGUUGGCUUGGACGUGGUUACUGCCAGCCGGGCCUAUUACGCUGACUUCAAUGAAUUUCCAAUAGUGGUCACCUUUCCACGUUUACAGACCUCUUUAGACGAAGGUACCCAAUGCAUCUCCCAAACGCCAGAUGAGAUGUACUGGUAUUCAGAUGGCUGUCAAGUCACAAGAACUACCAACGAUGACGUCGCUUGUAGUUGCAACCAGUUGGCCAAUUAUGCUGUGUUGUUACAACAUAAGGACACAGCCGGCUCUAUAAUUAUGGAUCCUUUCACACUGUUGGGCCUUGCCUUGUCUGUUUCCAGUCUUGGAGUAGUUCUGCUUACUUACAAAUAUUCUCGACAAAACACAGGUCAGACGGUCACCCACACGAGUGUUUCCUUGUCACUGGUAGCCUUCUAUACAUUGCAUAUAUUUGUCGACGUGGAAAAUUCGUCAGCCAUCACAGUUCUUGGUAUCCUGCAUGGUUUCUUUCUGCAAGCCUCUUUUAUUUGGAUGGCUCUAGCGGGCGCCCUUUUUUACUUGUCAUCACCUACAACAUCGCGGAUCCAACCAGUCUCACUCUUGCUAACAGGCUGGGGGGGCGCUGCAGUAGUGGCCAUGACAUCGGUUGCUGUGUCUGUCUGUGGUUACGGAACGAGCAUAGAUGGUGACAGCUGGAUGUCACGAAGAUAUUCGCUUGGCUGGGAAUUUGCUGUUCCAAUUUUGUUCAUAUUUGUGAUGAAACUCUUCAUAGGUUGUCGAUUGACUUCGAAAAUGAGGAUGCAUUUGAACCUGAAUGACAACGAGGCGAUACAAAUUAGAUCGGGACUUGGGUAUGUUGUUACUCUGGAGUUCAUUGUUUGCUUGUUGUGGGUAUUGAGACUCUUUUACUCCACCCAAGGCAACAUGUUCUUGGCAAAUAUAAUUGUCACCUUGAAUAUUUUGCAGGUUUUCUUGGUGUUCCAUUUGGGCACCGUGGAGGACGAUGACGUAAGCUGGUAUUCUUCCAAGUUCAUUCAGGGAAGAAAUGAGGUUUGAAUGCAGCUGCAUUAUCUUUGAAUUUCGAUGAUGAUGAGACAUAGAAACAGUGUGAGACUUAAAACAACACUGUUCAGAAGUUUCAACAAAGUUCCAAUGCAUGUCAUUGAGGCUACCUAUGCUUUAACCUACGACCAAGGAUCGGAAUCGGGUAUCCAUUGGGAAAUGAAAAGAUAUCCUGUAAAGGACACAGUCACCUGUACGUUGCAUCUGUAACAUCGGUCAAAUAAACCACAGCCUAAGCCCGCUAAUCCAAACCAAUUCUUUUUUCAGGCCAGCCAUGCUGAGCUCAGUCGAUUUGUGACAGGAAAAUAUAUCACUAUUUUAACUUGACAAAAUCCAUUCUUAUCUAAUCAUACUAUACUACAAGAUGACUUCUAAUACUUUUACAGAUCCUACAGAAGAUUGCUUACACCACUAUCGCUGAAUAAAAAAUCUGCAUUUUGUAUUAUGAUUAGCCUAUUUACGGAGUAUGGCAGUCAAGCAGGAGUAGUUGCAGCUUACAUAGAAUAGGCCUACAUGCGUUUCGGAAGCAGAUCGUUUCCCCAAAUCGUUUUUGAUUCACGGGGUUUAUCUUCAUAAGUCGUAAAACGUAGUUAACAACAGUAGUUUGUGCAAAGAAAGACACCUCUUAGUUUACGUCAGGCCUGAUGUAGAGUUCAUGUUAUUUCAUGUGUGAAUAAAAUUAUUUUAUCAAGA